AUGGGACAGUCGCAGCUUGGUCCUGGAGCUGCCAAGGAACAAUCCAGGGUGGGCUGCCGGGAGGUGGUGACUGCUGCACUGGCCACAGGCGCUGUCCUUUUCACACUGGGAAUCCUUGUGGCCGCCCUGUCUACACAGCGCGUGGCCCUACAGCACGUGGCCGAGCUGCGGGGAAUCCAGUACAGCCAAAGUCUGCAGCGGGGUGACUCCGACUACCGCAAUGCACUGAACCCUGCACUGCAAGCUCUGGUGACAGCCUUCCGGAAGACCGAACUGGAGGCUCGCUGUGUGGGCUGCACAGUGCUCAGCUACAGUCCAGGAAAUGCCAGUGUGUUGGUGCAGUUCCAGAUGCACUUUCUGCUCCCAGCUGUUGGGGGGCUGAACCGAGACCUGGAAGAGAAGCUGUUACAGCAGGGACUGCGAGCACGACUGCAGGAUCACGGCCUUCCCUUGGGCACCUAUGGCACCAUCUUGUCCGCUGAGUUAAUAGGUGAGUUGGCCAUGAAGUGUUUGUGGGCAGAGCGUGAACUAAAAUCAGGCCGCUGUCCUGGGAAUGCCUUUUCCUGCCAGAACAACCAGUGCGUGAGCAAAGUGAACCCUGAGUGUGACGACAGCGUGGACUGUGUGGACGGCUCAGAUGAGACUCGCUGUGAGUGUGGCCGGCAGCCCGGGUGGAGGACGGCGGGCAGGAUCGUGGGCGGCGUGGAGGCGGCACCCGGAGAGUUCCCGUGGCAGGUCAGCCUCCGAGAGAACGCGGAGCACUUCUGCGGGGCAGCGGUCAUCGGCGCCCGCUGGCUGCUGUCGGCUGCGCAUUGCUUCAACGAGCUGGCAGCACCCUCGGACUGGGUGGCCUACGCGGGCACCACGUCGCUGAGCGCAUCGGAGGCGGGCGCGGUGCGGGCACGUGUGGCCCGCAUCAUUCCGCACCCGCGCUACGACGCCGACACGGCCGACUUUGACGUGGCACUGCUGCAGCUCCGCACCCCACUGGCCUUCGGGCGCCGCGUGCAGCCCGUGUGUCUCCCCGCCGCCACGCACGUCUUCCCGCCGCGCAGGAAAUGCCUCAUCUCGGGCUGGGGCUACCUCAAGGAGGAUUUCCUGGUCAAGCCCGAGACACUGCAGAAAGCCACGGUGGAGCUUCUGGACCAGGCACUGUGUGCCAGCCUGUAUUGGUCACACGCCUCACUGAUAGGAUGUCUGUCAGGUUACCUAGACGGCAAGGUGGACUCCUGCCAGGGUGACUCGGGAGGCCCACUGGUCUGUGAGGAGCCCUCUGGCCGCUUCUUUCUGGCUGGCAUUGUGAGCUGGGGCAUCGGGUGUGCUGAAGCGCGGCGCCCAGGGGUUUAUGCCCGAGUGACACGGCUGCGGGACUGGAUCCUGGAGGCCAUGGCCACAGCCAGCAAGCCUCCAGCCCCCACGGUUGCCCCUGUACUCACCACGCCCAGCCCUCCCUGGCCCACCAGCCCCGAAGCUCCAGGGAUGGACACCCCCAGCCAGCCCCCACCAGCUCCCAGCUCUGCGCCUCUGGAUUCGGCUACAGCUGCCAAGCCACCAGAGUGUGGGGCCAGGCCGGCCUUGGAGAAGCCCUCCCGCAUUGUGGGGGGUCUGGCAGCUGCCUCGGGGGACGUGCCCUGGCAGGCCAGCCUGAAGGAGGGGACCCGGCAUUUCUGUGGGGCAACCAUAGUGGGGGACCGCUGGCUGCUGUCGGCUGCUCACUGCUUCAACCAUACCAAAGUGGAGCAGGUGCGGGCUCACCUGGGCACUGCAUCGCUGGCGGGCAUCGGGGGCAGCCCGGUGAAGUUGGGGCUCAGGAGGGUGGUGCUGCACCCCCAGUACAACCCGGCCAUCCUGGACUUCGAUGUGGCCGUGUUGGAGCUGACCCGGCCUCUGGUCUUCAACAAGUUCGUGCAGCCUGUCUGCCUGCCCCUGGCCAUCCAGAAGUUUCCGGUGGGCCGGAAGUGCAUGAUCUCAGGCUGGGGGAACCUGCAGGAGGGAAAUGCCACCAAGCCUGACGUGCUACAGAAAGCCUCUGUGGGCAUCAUUGACCAGAAGGCCUGCAGCGCCCUCUACAACUUCUCGCUCACCGACAGGAUGCUCUGCGCAGGCUUCCUGGAGGGCAGAGUUGACUCCUGCCAGGGCGAUUCUGGGGGGCCCCUCGCCUGUGAGGAGACCCCUGGUGUCUUCUACCUGGCGGGAAUCGUGAGCUGGGGGAUCGGCUGCGCUCAGGCCAGGAAGCCAGGGGUGUAUACUCGGGUGACCAGGCUGAAGGGCUGGAUCCUGGACACCAUAUCACCCCGCCGCCCCCCUACGCCACCCCCUGGCAUCCCCCUGACCACCUCGGCUGGCAUCCCAACCCCAGGGAGCCCAGCCAGCACUGCUGUGGCCCUGACCACCAGCUCAGCUGCCCACAGGACAAGCACCAGCCCAGAGCCAGCCUCGUGGGCACCCACGCUGCUCCCCCUUGCCCCGAUGACCACCCUGAGCUCCCUGCUGCCAGGCUGUGGCGUGGCACCAGCGGGGGCGUACACCCGCAUCGUAGGCGGCAGCGCGGCGGGCCUCGGGGACUGGCCGUGGCAGGCGAGCCUUCGGCUGCGACGCCGGGAGCACCGCUGCGGGGCCGUGCUGGUGGCCGACCGGUGGCUGCUGUCAGCUGCACACUGCUUCGACGUCUACGGAGACCCCAAGCAGUGGGCGGCCGUGCUGGGGACGUCGAGCCUGGGUGGUGCCGACGAACAGCUAGAGCGCGUGGCACGCUUGUUCAAACACCCCUUUUACAACCCUUACACACUCGACUACGACGUGGCACUGCUGGAGCUGGCAGGGCCGGUGCGUGCCAGCCGCCUGGUGCGGCCCAUCUGCCUGCCUGCGCCCUCGCCCCGUAUCCCCGACGGCGCACGUUGUGUCAUCACCGGCUGGGGGUCCCUGCGCGAGGGAGGCUCGAUGGUGCGGCAGCUGCAGAAGGCGGCCGUGCGGGUCCUGAGCGAGCAUACAUGUCGCCGCUUCUACCCGGUGCAGAUCAGCAGUCGGAUGCUGUGUGCCGGCUUCCCGCAAGGUGGUGUGGACAGCUGCUCGGGCGAUGCCGGGGGACCCUUGGCCUGCAGGGAGUCGACCGGCCGGUGGGUGCUAACUGGGGUGACCAGCUGGGGUUAUGGCUGUGGUCGGCCCCAUUUUCCAGGCGUCUACACUCGGGUGACAGCAGUGAGAGGCUGGAUCGGGCAGAACAUACAGGAGUGA